GCAGAGCACACCCUCAACGCCUGGUGCCGACUCGGCACCGAAAGAUGUGGAUUCUAGCACUUGCGAUCCAAACAGAAUCGAAUUCUAGCAUUUUACCCUGCUCCUCAAAUCGUUAUUUAUUUCAUCUUGAUCUCAUUGAUUCUUCGUUCUUUUAUUGAUCAAAAUGACAUUGUUUUGUCUCUUCAGAAAAUCUUCAAGAGUUAUUGCAAGAUGAGUGCACCGAAGCAAGACGACGACCAUAUUGGCGAUAGCGAGAGUACUCACACUCGUGUAUCAGACCAGGAUCCCGAAAAACAAACCAAUACGGAAAUUGAAACCCCAGAUGCUCCUUAUUCAAGCUUCUCACUAUGGCAGAAGCGGCUCAUUGUUCUGGCUGCCGCUUCAACAGCCCUCUUUUCACCAAUGACAGCCCAGAUAUACUUCCCUGCCCUGCCAGCUAUAGCCAACGACUUGGGCGUGACCACAUCCCAGAUCAACCUUACUGUCACGACUUACAUGAUCUUCCAGGGUAUAACACCCAUGUUCAUUGGCUCACUAGCUGACAGUGGUGGACGAAGACCUGCAUACCUGGUAUGCUUUACCAUUUACAUAGCAGCCAACAUUGGUCUCGCCCUGGCUCCUAGCUAUGGUGCUCUGCUGGGUCUUCGUUGUCUUCAAUCCGCUGGCUCUGCUAGCACUGUUGCGUUAUGCUUCGCUGUCGUGGCUGAUGUUGUCACCUCAGCCGAAAGAGGUCAGUACAUCGGUCUGACAGCUGUUCCAUCAGUGCUGGGUCCAUCAUUGGGUCCAAUUAUAGGUGGCGUGCUCGCCGAGUUUCUAGGCUGGAGGUCAAUUUUCUGGUUUCUCGCCAUCUUCGCCGGUGUAGCCAUUGCUCUUCUCGCUUUGUUCUACCCAGAAACAUGCCGUGAGAUUGUCGGUGAUGGCAGUAUCAAAGCGCCUUUGAUGUACCGUUCAGUAUGGCAGAUUCUUGCAUCCCGACGGAAGCGUUCUGAGUCAGAGAAGAACGGUUUGAGUCGGCAAGGCUCACGAGCCUCGACCGUCAAGAAGUUCAAAUUCAAGUUCCCCAAUGUCCUCGACUCGAUUUUGAUGUUGUUUGAGAAAGAAACUGGUUUCCUUCUCGGCUUCAGCAGUAUCUGCUUCGCUGGCUUCUACUGCAUAGCAACCGCCAUGCCCACUCUAUUCAAGGAGAUAUAUGGCUACAACGAACUUGAGAUCGGACUGACCUUUCUCCCUCUGGCAGCUGGAUCAGUCAUUGCAGCGUUCAUCGUGGGUAGUCUUACAAAUCGCAACUUCAAGCGACAUUGCGAGAAGCAGGGCAUACCAUACGAGCGAAGUAAGCAACAAGACCUAUCCGGCUUUCCAAUUGAGCGUGCUCGUCUGGAAUUCGGCUUCCCUCUCCUAAUGCUCGCGGCUGCUACGCUCGUCUGUUGGGGAUGGGCCGUUCACGCCCGGGCUCAUAUUGCUGUCCCGUGUGUGCUGAGUGGAAUCUUGGGCGUAGGAGUCGUUGGCUUUAAUAAUACAGUCAAUUCGCUGCUGAUUGACAUCCAUCCCAGGAAGGCUGGCACGGCGAGCGCUGCGAAUAACCUUACGCGCUGUCUAGUAGGAGCGGGAGCCAGUGCAGCAAUUGUGCCAAUGAUUGAUGCUAUGGGUACUGGCUGGGCUUUCACCCUAGUUGGAGGACUCUAUGUCCUUGGGUGUCCUAUUUUGAUCACUGUCAUGGUUCGUGGAGUCAAAUGGCGCGAGGAGUUGAGAGUGAAAGAAGAGAAGAAACAAAAGGCCAAGGAAGUCCAAGAGUGAGGUUGAAUAGUGUUUACUAAGAAGCAACAAGCACCUAAUGCACGGAUCUGAUACAAUACAAGGUAGAAAGUCUCGAUCAGAAUGGUCAGCAAUACGAGACAAAAUUUUAUAGAAUAAUUAAUCUUAAUUUCAAGGGUCAAAUGGUUGUUGGCAAUGAGAAUCUCAAGAUUAUCACUGCUCAGAAUGUGGGGAUCACCUCUUUGC